UAGUGACAGCGCUCCUAUACCGCCGCUGCUGACGUCGUUUCGCCUUUGCAGGAAUGUGAUAACGAAUUCUGGUCAAUUAAGCGUGACCAGGAACCUCCCUCAAUUCCACCAAGGGAACACAUAAAAAGCAUGACUUGUCAGUAGCUUCUCACACUCAAAAAGACAGCGACCAGCCAGAGGCGCACAGAGAACAGCGACAGCUCCUCGGUUUCCGACAGCUUUCUCCGACUAUCUGCUGACCUGAAAUAUGCAGGGCAACAUGAAGUUUUGGUUGGGAGUGUCCACCUUUGCAUUUUGCUUGCUGAUCUGCAUAGGAACUUCUGCCGAGGCUUACCCGUCCAAGCCGGACAACCCCGGAGAAGGUGCUCCUGCUGAGGACUUGGCUAAAUACUACUCCGCAUUGAGGCACUACAUUAACCUCAUUACCAGGCAGAGGUAUGGAAAGAGAUCUAGCCCUGAGGCUCUGAUCACUGAUCUACUGCUGAGGGACAACUCAGAAAGUUUUCCUAAAUACAGGUAUGAUGAGCCUUCCAUGUGGUGAUUGAAAAUAAAGAUUUUAUUUAACAGGAACCACAUUUUAACACCCAUUGCCAUGGAAAUGCAACAUUCUCCAUGUCCUAAAGACCCUCAUUUUAUAUUCAAAGACAGCCAAUGCAUGAAACCAUCAUUGAACCUGUAGAUUUUUCUUUCUCGCAGCACAUAUUGUAUAUAACGUUUAUUUAAAUAAAUGAUAUCUUCACUGAAUAUGUAAUGCAUUAAAAGGGUGAUAAAGGAAUUAUUCCUUUUAUGGAAAGGACUGGUUUGUGCUAUUACAGUUCAGUAAUGAAACAGUACAACCUAAAUGAAGAUGUGUAUGAAAUUAUCUAACCAUAACAUGAAACUAAACGAGAAAACUAUGAUUUGACAACAUUAUCUAUUAAUAGCAUUUGUGAACUUUGUAGAAUUGUUUUCUGUAUCAUACUACACUGCAACUCUUUUGGAUUAUAACUGAGUUUUCACAAGUAUGUACUUAACCAACAUCAAAAUACAUAAUACUUCAACAUAACCUCUAAAUACAUAAGCCUAAAUCUUUUUCCUUCUUGUUUUGGUGAAAACCUGAAUGCAACUCAAGAGAGCCAAUCUCCUUUUAUUGUGUAAGGUUAGAUGUUUUACUAAGAAAAAAAAUUAAGCAAUUCGAUAGUAUGAAUUAACUCACUUUUGGUUGUGCUCAAUACUUUUGAGAACAGGGCAGUAUAAUAGAGAAAUGUGCUUUGAUAAACUGGAAAGGAUUAACAUUUAAGGAAAAGAACGAACAAAGCUCUUCAACUUCUUAAAAAAAGUUACCAACAUAAGCAGCAUUAGCCUCCAAGGCUGAUUUCAUUGUUAUAAGCUAAGCAAAUUAAACUUGUAAUGAAAUUGGAGGUAUUUGGCUUAAAUUAAUAGGUGGUGCACUUUUCAUUUACACAGAAUAAUUUCUUAUCAUGAAGAUAUUCAAAUUGCUGUUAUUGACUGUGGAAAUACUAAAGUUAGUAAUGCACCCUGCAUGCUCUUUACCGCAAGGUAUUAACUUCAAUGUUUUAGCCAUUUAGUUGCAUGGUUUUAGAUAUAAAUGUUUUUUGAUACGUAUACAGGGAUAAUAAUUACAAAGUGAAAAGGGAGAAGUGGGAACCAGGGAUAGUGAGGUGGUGGAUUGUUGAGGGACCACUUACAGCUUGUAAACCCAGGAAGAAGAGUACGGUUUUCUCCAGACCCUUCAGACAAAAUUAAAGGCAGGACCUGCUUUAAUUGGCCAAGAGGUUUCCCUGCUAUAGCCAGUCAGACUAAGAGCUCCACAGGGUGACAGCCAGGAUAUGGAGCAGAAGUAAUUCAGAUGCCUUGGGAAAGGGAUUUGAACAGAAGCCAGUGGGAUGGAGUCAGCUAAUCACCUGAAUGUAAACUUGGUGGAACAUUCCUGCUUGUCCUGGGCUACAGGCAGUGUUGUGAACAUUUCCCAACAAGCCUCUUGCCUUUGACUGUUAGGCUUCCCGGAGAGUUACAACAACUGCAGGCAAUGAAAUAAAAAUAGUUACGUUGAGUCUCCUUAAUUGCCAGUAACAUCCUCACCUCCCCGAGAAGUGAAAAUUAUGUCCUUAGAUCCAUAAUUUAUUUUAUUCAGUCAUAAUUCACUUUUUUAGUUUUUCUGUGGUGUAAUUAAGAUUUGGAGUUCUAAUUCUUAGCACAUUUGAAAUAGUGAGUUGUUGAAAUGCUCACAGAUGUGAAUCUGUUCUUGGCCACUGGCAUAAUCCGUUUUGAUACGUUGUGAUAAUAAAGUCGAUUGCUUGGUCUUGGAUGGCUCUGAGGUUUGUGAGUGUUGUUGUGACUCCACUCAUCCAGACAAAUGGACAAUAUUUAUUUCAUGCCUGAUUUGAGCCCUGUAGAUGUGAACAGACCUUGAGAAAUCAGGAGAUGAAAUACUUGCUGCAGAAUUCCCAGCCAUCUGACCUACUUUCAUAGAGACAGUAUUUACAAGGCUAGUUCUGAUUGUCAAUGGAGAUUCCCAGGACAUUGAUGCUGGACGAUUCUGCAAUGAUACUGUUGUUAAGUAGGGAGAUGGUUCAAAUUCUUUCCUGUUGGAAGUGGUCAUUGCCUGGCAUUUGUAUGGCAAAAAUGUUAAUUGCCAGUGAUCAACCCAAACCUGACUGUUGUCCAGGCCCUGCUGCAUGUAGGUAUGAAUUGCUCCCUUUUCUGAGGAGUUGUGAAUAGAAUUAUAAACUAUGCAAUCAGCAAUUCUCCUCGAUUCAUAUAGGGGAAGGAAGGUCAUUGUUGAAGUAGUUGAAAAUGGUUGUGCCUAGGCACCUUUCCAUUACAUUACUGAUGAUUGAGAGUUGGCAGAUGGGGUGAUAAUUGGCCAGAUUGGACGUGUCUUGUCUUGUACGUCAAGAACAUACCUACGUCAUAUUCCCAUUUGUUGGAUUUUUAUCAAUGUGCGGCUGCACUUGAAGAGAUUGGCUGGAUAUCCUGCUGUUUCUGAAAGUCUUCAGCUUCCUAAAUACAAUCCUGUAGACCCCAAGAACUUCACUAUACUCAGUACAUGUAGUUGUUUCGUGACACCAUGUGUAGUGAAUUGAAUUUUUGAAUAGUGUCAUCUGUGAUCAUGGACAUUCAUAAGGAGGCUGACAUGGGUAAUCCAUUCAGUGUCUCUGGUUGAAGUUAGCUACAAAUGUUUUCAGUUCUCUUGUAAUCAAAUGUUGCCCCUUGACAAUAUUGAGAUGCUCACAGGAUCGCUUGUCAUAAUUUGUUUCAUUGUCCACCACUAUUCACAAUUGUAGCAAGACUUAAAGAUUUGUCUUGACCUCUUCUGUUGGUUGUGGGAUCACUUGCUUCUAUCAGUAGCAUCCUUCUUCCCCCAAUUAGCCUGUGCCAAUCCUAUAAUUUAGCUUUGGCAGAUUGACACUGCAAUAUUAAGUAACCAACUGCCACCCAUGGCAUGAUUUUCUAUCCUCUUCAGUGAAGCAGGGUUGAUCCCCUGGCAUAAUGCUAAUUUUAGAUGCAGUGAUAUGCCAGGCUAUGAGGUUAUUGUUUGUGUUGGAAUACAAUUCUGCUGCUGCUGAUGGCACAAGGCACUUUAUGGGUGCUCAGCUUCCAAAACUUUUCUGAUUGUAUCCUUUUCAGCACAGAGUAAUCCCCAUUGUGAAGAUGAAACGUAGCCUCCACAAUAGUUACUAAUACUAUGAGAUCUGAUGGAAGGAGGUAGAUAGAACUAUUGAUAUAAUGAACUGCAAGUGCUGAAAAUCUGAAACAAAAACAGAAAUUGCUGACAAAGGUCAGCAGGGCUAUCUGCAUCUUUGGGGGAAAGCAGUGUUAACAUUUCGCGUCUGAUGACUCUUCGUCAGAUGAAGACCUGCUGAAUUUUGCCAGCAAUUUCUGUUUUGUUCUAGUCCUAUUGAAUUUUCUUUACAAAAUAUUCACUUCAAAUAUGACAAUUGGAGGUAACAUAAAGGUUUUGCUGUGGUAAUUCAUCUAAACCCACUCAAAACUAAUUAUUUUAAUCAAUCAUUUUCUUCAUGAGCAUUUUAAAUAUUCACUUUUAUCUUUUCCAAAUAAGCUUCUCUUUCAAUUCAAUGUUAAAUAAAUAAAGUAAUCUAACACAUACAUUAAUAUUACUUUUUUUUGGCAAGAGAUAAUCCUGCCUUCAAGAGUUUUACUAAAAUCCUAGCUGGUUGUCAAUGCUAGUAACAUUUCUCAAGUUCAGUGCUGGAGUCAGAAUUUGAUAAUGGAUCUUCCACCACAAACAAAGGGCUUGGAUACAAAUUAAAUUUCAAACAUGAAUUGAAUCAAAUGAAAUUUAACUUGCCCCUUUAACACCAGAAGGUAAAAAACGUGUUAUCUGGAAUUUAGAGCAAUGAUGAUAAAGAAAGACUUAUUUUGCUCAAGAGCCCUUUAUUUAGCUGACUAGCAAUUUACAUAGUCAUGGACUCAUGCUAAUUUAUUUUGUCUCCUGAGGGAGAUUAUCAAUUCAAGCGAUAACUUUCUAGUAUAAUAAAGGAUAAAUGCCUAGGUACUAGUUUAGCAUUACUAUCCAUAUUACUCAACUUGCCUGGCGGGUUUCCACAGUCUUGUGCAAAUGCUAGUAUAUGAAGUAUUUGAGCAAGAUUUGUAAAAUCAUUCUUUCAACAUUACUUCUCUCAAGCAUUAUAAAGUACUGUGCUUUCCACGCACAGCUUCAUUUAUUAUGUUUUACAAAGAAAAAUGUCAUAAAAUCCUAAACACUAGUAUUAUUUAGUCAAGAUGUAUGAAUGUGUAACUUAAAGGAAUGUUACACGUGGAUAAGAAAUUUUACAAAUAAAGCAUAGAACAUAUCAAUUUAUAUGAAA